AUGAGUGACCUUCUCAAGUACAUCCUCAACAACGAGGAAGCAUUUCGAAGAAACCGACUGCCAUCCCUCUACUCCGAUUUCACACCCCAGAAGAAAACAAACCCCGAUGGCUAUGCCGUGAACGUUGCCGCGUGGGAACAGGCCCUCAACCGAGCCGCAAAGCGUGGAUACACGUCAUCCCGUGGUGUGCGUGUGCGCUCCGGCUCGAGUGUUUCCGGCGGCACUACACCAGUCAAACGAAAGAAGACGGACCAUCUCAUCUUGAGAACGGAUGAGUCGCUCCUCCGUGAUCUAGAGAGCUCCGAAUGGGGGAGACCUGCUGCUCUAGGCACCGUUUUUGACGAAGCGGUACGCAAGAACUCGAUGAUCCCAAUAACCAUUUACAAGACCACUUCUGGGCUUCUGCAGAAGAAGAGUCAAUGGAGAGUCAUUGAUCCUGGAGCUUUGAGCCCUUGGAAUGUUAUGAGCUGGGGAGUCCGACAGCUGAAGGGCUUCGUCAUCUCCGAAAGCGAUUCGGCGCCAAGAUUGCAAGUGCAGGAGUUGGUGCUGGUCGAAAACCUGCUGGAAACGGCGGAUCGAACUGUCAAGAAGGCUACCGGUAGUACUGCGUCCAAUUUGGAUUUAAUUUUCUCCCGGGAAAUGUUCGCGGAGGAGUUCUCGAACAUAUUAAAUGACACUACGGAACUUUCUGAUUCGGAUUUUGACGUGUUAUUAAUUUAUUUGUCUCGUGACAGCGGCUCUAUUGCAUAUGAUGGCAGGGAGGACGACGGAGAAAUCACGCAGCAGGACACGACUAUUGCAUCCAUCAAGACCUUAGUGUCCACCAUGUCAAAACAGGUCGCCACCCUAGAGGCCAAGAUUGCUGAGCUGAAUCAAUCUGCAAAGACAGCUCUGGCAAACAAGAACCGCAUUUCCGCCCUAUCUGCUGUUCGCUCCAAGAAGAUGGUCGAACACAAUCUUCAACAGAGAUUUGAUACUCUGAUGCGACUUGAGGAGGUUUACACCAAGAUUGAACAGGCCACAGGCCAAGUGAAUAUGGUACAAGUCAUGCAGGCAAGCACCGAGGUGCUUCGCGGUCUGCACACGCAAAUCGGUGGUGCUGAGAAGGUCGAGGAUAUCGUGGAAGGAUUGCGCGAAGAGAUGACCAAGGUGGAUGAGGUCGGAAGCAUCAUGAACGAGGCCGGCCCGGUUAUUGACGAAGGAGAGAUCGACGACGAACUUGCAGCCAUGGAGAAGAGCGAUAAAGAGGCCAAAGAAAAAGAAGAAGCUGGAGCCGUCGAGAGAAGACUGGCCGAAUUGGACAGUCUCAAGCACGCUUCAAGCGAGGCUGCUCGCCAAGCACGAGCGGCUGAAAGUGUUGACUCUGCCCUAGCAGACAACAUUGACCGCCUCUCCAACAUGUCUGUCGAGGACCAUCCAAUGCCAGCGAAGUAA